AUGACACCUCAGGAGGAGCAGGUGGCCAAGCCGCCAUACAAAUCCAUCACCAAGUUCGACCUCAAGGAUGCACCCCAGCACGCCACCGGCAUCCAAGGUGCCUCCAAGGGCGGGCGGCGGUACGGCCAUCUCGCAGAGCUGGACCCGGCCUUUGCCGCCGUGAGGCCCCGUCUCGACGCCAACGCCAACGCCCUCUGGGACGUCCCUGACCGGAACUGGAGCACACUGCGCGAGACCGUCAGAAGGCAGUCGCGCGAGCAACAGACGGAACGUAGCUCCGUCGGUGUCGACGUCUCUCAUGGCACCGUCAGGGCCAGGGAUGGGGCCCAGAUCAAGAUCAAGAUCAUGAGGAGGGCAUCGACCGCCCCCGCCAAGGAGCAGACAACAGAGCAGGAUGGCUCGCUGCUUGUGCUGCGGAUACAUGGCGGUGGUUGGUGUCUAGAUCCCGAAUCCGCUAGCGAGGAGGCCGAGGAUAGCCGCAUAGCCGGCAUGCCGAACGUGGUCCUCGUCAGAGUAUCAUAUCGACUGCAAGUUUCUUCCGGCAGCUCGGCGCCCGAGUAUACAUACCCGUACGCACUGAACGACUGCUACGAUGUGCUGCUAUGGUGCAAGAUCAACGCCAACGGCAUGGGCGUGGAUCCAGAGAGAACACUGCUCAUCGGUAGCGGCGCGGGAGCGAGUCUGGCCGCUUCCGUUGCCAUCAAGGCGCGGGACAAGGGUGUCAGUGGGAUCGUGGGGCAGGUGCUCGAUUUCCCCAUGACCUGCCAUCCCAAGUUCUAUCCCAAGAGACCUCUCGAGCUCAAGAGCUACGAGCAAAACAGCGAGGCUACCACCAUUUCCUCGCCCCUGGUAGACCUCUUCUACGACGCUUACGUGCCAGACUCUGCAGAAGAGGUGUCCUAUCAUUCACCACUGCUGGCACCUUCGCUCGCCCACAUGCCACCUGCCCUCGUGCAGGUUGCCGGGUUCGACCCUCUCCGUGACGAAGGGAUCGCCUUUUCAGAGAGGCUCAGGGGUCAAGGUGUUGCCUCGGAGCUCCAUGUCUACAAGGGGCUGCCUCAUGGCUUCCCCGACGUGCUCCCGGACUUGCCACAGACGCGCGAGUUCCACAAAAGGCAGCUGGAAUUCAUCAGGAUGUGCGUCGAUCGAGAGGGAAUAUUCUCAUAG